AUGCUUAUGUGCUGGGAAAGAGCAGUAGAAGAUGCUGGCGUUCGUGAUGUUCAUCAUCCAAGCAUGUUUUCCGAUGAAGGAAGCUGGCGGUCUGUUAAGGGCCAUAGCACCACUAUUCUUUCUUUAGUUGCUGCAGAAUAUUCUGCAGCAGCAACUCAAUAUGGUGGUUACCUUCCUCCGCCUGUUGCCAGCCAACCACCACCAAGUUCUAUUGGCUAUCAACCGCCUAGUGCUCCGACAACACAACCACCGGGUCGUGGACAUGUACCGUCACCAAGGCACGCUCCACCUCGCCAUGCCUACCCACCACCUUCUCGUGGCCAUUUACCACCAUCUGUUGGUGGUCCUCCACCGCAUAGAGGACACUUGCCGCCCUCUCGUGGGUUCAAUCCCCCGCCGUCUCCU